AUGGCUGCGCCCGAUCCCAUCCUCUCCGAUCCGCUGCUCUCUCUGCGCCGGGCGAUUGCAGCCCAGGCACUCCCGACGCCGACGACGUCUCCGGAUCUGUCGAGCGAGAAUGCGACCGACGACCUCGCCAAAGCGACACAUCUCUACUUCACGCAGCCGAUCCCGCACUCCAUCCCGUUGAACGCGGCGACGCGCUUCGUCUCCGCGGCGAGCGACAGGCCCGUCGAUCUCCGCAGUAUCUUCUUCGCGUGGCAGAAGAAAGACGUCGCUAUCCCCGAGUACAUCGCCUCGGCGCAGGAGCUCAACGAUGCCCUCAAGCAGAAGGCCCCCGCGGGCGAGCAGCCGGAGCAGGUGCAGAAUCUGGUCUUCGUCGAGCGCCUGGACCUGAUCACCUGGCUUGAGGGCGCCUCUGAUGAGAGCGAGUACAUCAAGCCCCUGGAGGGCGCCGCUGCUGCUGCUGCUGCUGCGGCCGCUGCGGGCGAUCUGGGAGGUGCAGCAACAGGAGCAGCAGCGCAGACAAAGGCAGAUGCUGCGGCGGCGGCGGCGGCUGUCCCAGCAGCAGGAGGUGCGGCUGCGGCGCCCAGCGGUGGAGCGGCGCCAGUGCAGGCCGCAGGAGCAAGAUUGACAAAGGUCAUUGAUCCUAGGCUGCAGGAGAUUUACAACGGAGAGAGGAAGCUGGGAGACCGGAACACUGUUCUACGGGGGAUCAAGCCAACGGACUUCUCGCACGUCCGCAAAACGGCAGAAAUGUUCCUGGGCCGCAAUCGCUCUCGUCCAGGACAAUACCCACCAGGCGGCAAGCCAGGAAGCAACAAGCAGGCCGUGGUACCAGCGCCGUCGGCCGGUCUGGCCUUACCGAAGAAACCUGGCGUAUCUUCUUCUUCUCGUCGUCCCGACCCGAUCAUCCUCCUCUCCCCCUCGGCCUCGUCCCCGAUCCGCCUGUCGAACAUCAAAUCCUUCCUCCAGGACGGCGUGUUCGUGCCUCCGGACCACCCGACGCUGGCCUCGGGCACCACGUCCAACAUCCACAUCAUCACGCGGCCGAUGCGCCUGGGCGAUGCGGUCCAAGGCGGCGCCGGCGGAGCGCAGGGCGCACCACGGAAACCGACACGGUUCAUCCUCGUCGACAGCACAGCCAACUUCAAGCCAGACUACUGGUCACGACUAGUAGCAGUGUUCACAACAGGCCAAACAUGGCAGUUCAAAUCAUACAAAUGGUCCAACCCACCAGAACUCUUCCGGCACGCGGUAGGCAUCUACGUCGGCAUCCGCGGCGAGGAGAUCCCCGAACAAGUGAAGAAGUGGGGGCGCGGCGUCAACACCUUUGUGCUCGAACGCUGGGACGAAAAGGGCGGCAUCCACGGCGCCGGACGCUGGCGGGACCGCGAAGUCGUCGAGGGGAUCUGGGCGGUUAUCGAGGAGAGUAUGAGAGCGAAGGGGUGGGGGAGUAAAUAG